AUGUUCGAAAUGCUAUACAAUGGGUAUCUUCCGUGUAGCUCCGACAAGGGCGAUGCUAGCCUGAUUGUCUUCAAACCCAAGUUGAAGAUUGACACAACGAGGGACAUCAAGAUACCGUCAGGUGCUUUGAACUCUUCAAGAGUAUCCGCCACGGCUGGAAAAGGCAUCGAAGGUGCCAUUGCUCUGUAG